GUCUCAUCCGUCCCCAGCAUGCUAGACCUAUACGUUGGUGCAUUUCUCCUGGCGUCUUUCUUCUUUGGCGCGUUUUCUAUCCUGAUUCUGUUUUCCACGUACACCAUCUUGGCUUCAGGCAUCUCUAAGCGUGGAAACCUCGUCAAGGCUGCGAUCACGAUCACCAUGUAUGUCAUGUGUGCGGGUCAUCUUGGUACUAGUUUGGCCUUCUAUGGUACGGAGUAUGAGCAGGGCACCUGGGCUUUCUCCCUUCUUGAACAGUCUUUGACGGGUCUGCCCGUCGUCAAUUAUAUAUUUUCUGAUGCGGUCGUAGUCUGGCGAUGCUGGCUGCUGUGGGGAAGAAGAUGGAGAAUUCUGAUAGUACCCUUUGUCCUAUUCUUAGGCACCAUCGCCACAACAGCCGUGGCCCUAACAUUCGACCUCGAAGCCCUUGCUUUUUAUACUUCCUAUCCUGACCAAGCUCGAAAAUUAUACCGCGUCAGUGUGAGCGAUAUGGUCCUUUGGGGUUUAACGCUUGCGACGAAUAUGUGGGCUACCUCGUUGGUUGCUUACAAGGCUUGGAGGUAUCGACGGUCUGUCAGGGCUUUUCUGGGGACCGGGAACAGGAAGACGCAAGUGGAGCGAUUGAUGGCUCUUCUCGUCGAAUCUGGUGCAUUAUACUGUUUCAUCUGGGUGAUGUUCCUGAUGUUCUCGAACUUAACGAGCACAGGUAACAUUAUUCUCACUGGCGUCAUGCCUCAAAUUGCGUCCUACUUCGCAUAUGCUCGGAACAGGGUAUCUAUCCAACCAAUCCUCAUCGUACUCGCCAAUUUCGGGAAGACACACUUCGACACCGAUUUUGCCCAUGGAGAUAGUACAGGAUUGGAUACUUUCGUAGCCGUUCGGCGUGGGACUGCUUUCACUUCUGAAGGAGGUGUUUCGCAGAUUGCUCACGUUGAUCUCGAGCAUGGGAAUCGGAAUGGCUCCGGUGGAGGUGAGGUUUCCAGCGAGAGGAAGGAUACAAGUAGCAUCAUUUAUGGUGCGAGUGGUAUGCAGGAUGUCAGCGAAAAGGAACAAGUUUCUAUAGCAUAG